UUUUGGUGUUUCAUAAGCUUCGGUCCGAAUCGUUGCUGAUUUCAGAUCAAACAGGUCUCUACAGGUCUCUACAGGUCUCUCAGGUGUCUCUGGUCUCUUUGGUCCCUCCAGGUGAUGAGGGUCUCCCAGGUCUCUCCAGGUCUCUUCCUGUCUGACCUGGACUCAGCUGUGAGUCUUUGCGUGUUGACCAGCAGGAAUGUGUCUCUGGUUGUUAACGCCAGCGGUCUGGAGGAGGCCUCGUAUCCGGACCUAGAGGGUCUUCAGGUCCUUCAAGUUCCGGUCCAGGAUCAGCCUCAUGCCCCCCUCAGCCGGUACUUCGAUCUGGUGGCCGAACGGAUCCACCAGAACCGAAGCGGUUCGACUCUAGUCCACUGCACCGCCGGCAGGAGUCGGUCUCCAGCUCUGAUCCUGGCCUACCUGAUGAGGUUUGAGGGUCUAAACCUGCGUCAGGCUCACGAGCUGGUCCUGGAGCAGCGACCGUUCAUCCGACCCAACGCCGGGUUCUGGAGGCAGCUGAUGGAGUACGAGAGGAGUUUGUUCGGCUGCAGCUCGGUGAGGAUGUCCAGGACGUCUGGAGGAGUUUUACCUGAAGCUCUGCAUGAAUCGGACUCCGACACUGCUGCGUACUGCGUCAACAUCUGACACAUCUGUACGUUUUAAACAUCUGUAUCCAUGUUGGACCAGAUGUAAAGAUGGACGACAUGAUGGUUUGUCUGGAGUACAAUCAAUGAACAGCCAAGUGUUCGUGGUUUUACUCAGUUUGACUCCAGUGAUGUCAGACUGAAGGUUAAUUUAUAGUAAAUAAAAUAUUUAUUUAUUCAGGAACAAACACCUGGAGCUUAAAAUGGAUCAAAUAUCGAAACUAUUAAAGGUUUUUAAACUGUUAAACAGCUCUUUAUACGGAGCAGAACGACCCUUUAAAUAACAUACAAUUAACAUACAAGAUUUUAAAGGAAAAGCGGCAAAGAAAGGAGAAACAUGGAGUAAAAAAAAAAAGACAAAUGAGAUUUUAUUGUGACAGUAAAAGGAAUAAAAAGCUGGUCUCAGUACUGGAAACUUCUCUUGGUCUGGAUGUCGUCCAGAAUCUGCUGCAGCUCCUCGUCCUCAAACCGACCCUCCAGACUGAAAGACCAAAAGAAGAAAGACGAUUCAAACUGUAACUUUACUCACAAAACGUCCAACAGAAACAAAAAGCUGUGAAGUGUUCAACAAAAUCAGUGCUUUGUUUGAUUUGUGAGCUUCAGACUGACCUGGGGAUCAGAGCUUUGGCCUCUUCAGCAGCUUCAGGACAAAGAUUGGCCAAACUGGCCAACUCGAACUUAUGGAGCUUCUUCUGCAGGAGGAGACUGAGGACAGAACGAUGGAGGUCAGAGAAAAAAUAAAUCAGAGGACAGAAUAACCGAGACUCUGAAAUAGCAAGGAUACAGUCUAAACCCUCAUCAGUGCUACGUUUGUGUGUCUUGGUGGUCAUUUUGUCUCUCUUUGUGUCUAUUUGUGGUCAUUUAUGGUUGUUUUAAAUCUGUUUCUGGUUGUUUAUUGCCUCUUGGAGAUAAUUUUGUGUAUCUCUGCGGUCAUUUACUGUAAUUAAUGGCUGGUUUGCUUC